AUGGUUAAAAAGAAAAGCGGAAGGACUCUUAACCCUGCCGAUGCUCAUCGCAAAGCGAUGCGUCAAAAAGAAAUCAAAAAGAAUAAAAUGGAAAGAAAAAGAGUAAGAACUCUCGUUAUGGUACAUAAAGAUACAUCAAAACUUGAAGAGGAGAUAUCACGAUAUAAAGCACUUGAUAAAGAAAAAAGGCUUGAUAAAAAUGGCAAAGCCAAAUUAAAAGAUUUGGAAGAUAAACUUUCAAAAAUAUUAGAUACAAAAAAGGCACAUGGCGUCAGCUUACAAAGAAGUAAACCAAAAGAUCAUACACCGGUAUAUUUCCAUCCAGCAUUAAAUUCUUCUGAAGCGUUCCCGCAGAAUGUCAACAAUACACAAGAUGGUGGUGAAACAUCCGAAGGAUCUGAAAAGCAAAAUAAACAAGAAUCUGAUGAAGAUAUUCCACUGCCUCCUGGUAAACCUCCUUCAAAUGAAUCAGACAACGAGUUACCAGAAUUACCACCUGGAACACCUCCAAAACAUGAUGACUCAGAUGAUGAUUUACCAGAAUUGCCACCUGGUCCACCGCCUUCAUUACAAAAUAAUGAUGUCAAUGCACAAUCUUCAGGAAUAUCGAGAUCACCACCUUUCGGAUUUAGAUCUCCGAGUAUGCCUGCAGGUCCACAAUAUCCACCUCCACAAAGUACUUAUAUGAUGUUCAAUAGUCCUCCUGGGACUUCUAACCAUUUAAGGCCUAAUAUCAGACCACCACCACCGCCAGUGUUCCCGUCCGGAACCGGUAAUAUAUUUUCUCGACCACCGCCAAUUCACGUGAUGCCAGGGCAAGGUGCUCCUUUGAGACCAUUGGAUACUCGACCACCACCUUUUAGCUCACAAGUUUCGCAUUAUGGUCCUCCUCCACCACCACCACCAGUACAAGGUGUAAAUAAGGUGAUAAGGGAUCAUAUGAAAAAUAAUUAUAAUAUUGAUUCAUUAGAUACUUAUGGCUCUCCUCAAAGAGCGUUUCCACAACCUAUCAUCAAUGACAAGAGUCAAUCAAUGAAUGUAUCAUUACUUAAAUCUACCACGGCUGCUACGCCAGUGAUUCAGGCAGAACCUCAAGUUCGUAAUCUUCAAAAAGAGUUAACUACACUUGUUCCUGCUGCACUGUUAAGAAAGAAAGCUGAUGCUCGUAAACCAAAAGUAGCACGACCUGUUGUAAAUGCAGCACCUAAUAUUGAUGAUGGUAUAGGAACAUCUACAUCAUCAGUAAAAAGAAAUGCAUCGAUAGCAAUUCCAUUAUUGCAACAACAAACGGAUUAUGAUGUCCAAUCAUCAGAGCAAAAGCAAACAACUGCAAGUACAUCAUCACCAGCAAAGAAAGCAAAAACUAAAAAGAAAGUUGACGAGUAUGAUAAAUUCAUGGCUGAAAUGCAAGAUUUGUUAUAG